AUGGAGAGAGAUUUGAAAUGGGAAACAUCAACACCACCAGCAUCAGCACCAGCACCAAGAAGGAUCGUCGGCCCCGUGCCGUUCAAGGACGUCGUCCAGAAAGAGGAGGAUGAACACCCGCCGGAAGAGUACGCGGACAUCAUCUCCACCUUGCCGGGCAUCACCACCGGCUUUGGGCAGUUGCUGUGCUACCAGGGUGUCUGGCUGCGCCCGUGGAUGGUCCCUGGGGUGAUCUCUGUCCAGCGGCGUCUCGUGCCGCGCCCCGACGACGUGCUCCUAGCGAGCCCGCCCAAGUGCGGCACCACCUGGCUCAAGGCUCUGUCCUUGGCCACCAUGGCACGGGCCACCUACCCGCCGACCAGCGCCGAUCACCCAUUCCUCCGCCUCAACCCGCACGACUGCGUCCCCCACCUUGAGGCCCUCUUCGGUGCCGGCCAGGAAGCCAAGCUGGAGGCGCUGCCGUCACGUAGGCUGAUGCACACGCACAUGCACCACUCCCUGCUGCCACCCUCCUUGGCCGACUGCAAAAUCGUCUACAUAUGCAGGGAGCCCAAGGAUAUGCUGGUUUCCAUGUGGCACUUCAUCAUGGCCGCAGGAGGCGACGCCUUCCCCUUCUCCGACCUCUUCGAGUUUGCAUGCGAGGGUAAAAACCCCCACGGCCUCAUUUGGGAUCACGUUCUCGGCUACUCGCGCGCCAGCAAAGCAAGUCCGGACAGGGUCCUCUUCCUAAGGUACGAGGAGAUGCUGCUUGACCCUGUCAGCAGUGUCCGGGAGCUCGCCUUGUUCCUCGGUGUGCCCUUCACGGCGGCGGAGGAGGCGACGGGUUCGCCCAUGGACAUUUGCAACCUGUGCAGCAUCGACACGAUGAAAGACCUGGAGGCGAACAACACUGGAGUGGCUGGGCAGUUCGUGGAGGUCCCGCAUCAAUCCUUCUUCAGGAAAGGGGUCGUGGGGGACUGGGCCAACCAUAUGACGCCGGAGAUGGCCCACCGCAUCGACGCCAUCGUCGAGGACAAGCUCCGGGGAUCCGGACUCAGCUUUACGCGCUGACAACAAGAGGCGCACGAUGGAUAUGCACGCCUGCCUCUAGCUAGCUAAGCUAGUAUCUGUUUCUACUCCGGCCACUUUAAUUAUCGGUUAUCCCAUCCUGGUUAGUGCUAAUCUGAGUGUCAGGUCAGCCAAUUCAUGGACUCUUUAGUUAUCCUUCUCCAUUUCAGUAACCUGCUAUCAUUUACCUUCCGCCUACGCGCGACCAACUAGACCCUACUGUUACUUGAACCUUGUGUUUGGUUUCACCGAUUAAUAAAACUAGGGGCGCGCCCUGUUUAUCUAAAAAUAGUAUAGUACCACACUGAAGUGACUAAGAUGUUUAC